AUGCCGCUGGUAGUGCAGCAGCAUCAGCACAGGGCCCAAGGGAGCUCGAAGGAACAGGGACACACCACCAACGCUGCGGCGUCAACACCAGUAUCGGCGCCCGAACGCUGUGCUUUGGCGUCAGCGGAGACUCCAACAGUUGGUGACGCGCCUGGGCGUCGCUCAGUCACCGCUGACUACUCGCGUCUGCUCACCCUGGCUCAGCCUCAGCUGACCGCGUCGGAGAAGACCCUCUUCGCCCUCUUCAGAGGCGCGCAGAAGGAGCGACAACUCGUGAGGCAGCAGCGGCUCAAGGAGCUGCAGGAGCGGUUCGUCAUGGAGGGGGGUGGGCGGCGGUUGAGCGCCACGCAAAGAUCCGCACCGUCCCCCGUGACUGACCCGCUUCUCCACCUACACGGCUUGGAGGAGCCGUGCCUGCUCAUCCCCGACACGCGCGGCACUUUCGUGUCCCUCGGAUUGUCAGCCGACUUGCACUCCGCCACCGACGCUCCAACGUCCCCUACAUCCGCGAGAGCGACUCCGGAUGCGGCCGUAAUGGGCGGGUUCCAUCUUGGUCUCGCGUGUAUCUCCACUGACUACCGAACCGACUACGCAAGUCUCCCCCUGCACUACGUGCUCGGUGUUCCGACGGCGCUACUCGGCCUUCUGCGGUCGAGCCCCUCAGUCGGCAAGCAUGAGUUUCACGAGCGUAAAAUCAGGGAUGGGGUGAUCGACAGCGGCGCGUGCGCGUGGCGCAAUCGGUGCCAGACGCCGGUGGAUCUCUCCCGGUGGCUUGUCUUUGACAUAGCCACGUCACAGGUGCUGCUGCGGCGUCGCGGCGUGCCGCGCACCGAUGAGCCACCGGUCUCCCACUACGUAUCCGCGCUGGAGAGACAGGUCUUUCUCGCACACACGUACAGCUUUGACCCCAGGAGCGCUUACGAGGCGGCAGUUCUUCAGGCACGAGUGCCGGCUCAGCCAUCAGGACCGACCGCAGGAUCCAGCGCAUUAGCAAGCGCGGCGGCACUGUCCACGAUGAAGAUGACGUUGCCGCCACUCUACACUCUCUUCUUCUUCACUGUGGCGCGAGGCCAGGCGACGACCAACUCCGGCGUCUCUCCCAUCGACGCGGGGGUGCUUUACCCGACGUGCUUCUCCAGCUACAUGUCGGAGGUGCCGACGACACAGCAGCUGGCAGCGGAAACGGCGGCAGCCGCACAGCGGCGUUGCGUGCACCAUGCCGACACUUCUAAGCCCUCCGUGCUGCUGUCGUCCGUCACGGGCUCCGGGACUGCGGACAACUCCUCCUUCUUUGUGUCGAUGCCCGGCAAGCGGCUGCGUGCGUGUGCCGGUGCCUCGUCGUCUACAUCCGCGCAUCUAUGGACGGCGCAGGUGCAGAGUGGGAAGCUCGGAGGCAUGGGUGACCCCGCUGGCGAGCCUUCGUCAUCACCUUUCGCGAAGCAGGCGGCGCAGAUGACAAGAUAUAGAGCAGAGACGGAAUCCUCUGCGUCCAGGGACCAGGACAGGGGAGGCUUGUGUCGGCAAACCACGGCGCGCCAGGCGAUGGCCGAAAGUUUUCGCAUGUGGCGGGAGGCCGUGGCUGCCCGCGUGCCUUCGCCACCCCUGCGUACCUCCACCGGUGCGACGGCAGUUGCAGAGGACAGCAGCCGCUCACGGACACCGCCACCCAUGACGGAUGGGCAGCGGCGUCUACCAGGACCAUCACCUCAUCCACAGCAUCCACGGCAGACGAGCAACUCGACAGACUCCGCGCCUCUGUCGCUUGCAUCACGUGAGCAAGGGAGGGCGGAAGGCCACCGAUCGCGACUGGAGGAACAACUCGAUGCGGAGGGUGCAGCGCUCAUGUCUGAUAGCGGAGCCUUCACCCAAGAGUGGAGCACUGGCUUCCGCUUCGGUCGAGUGGCCAUCGAGGUGGCAGUGCCACUGCUCUUUCCAAUGUCUGCAGUGAUGGGAGAUGCAGCGGCGGCUCCUUGCUCUCUGCCACCAGCGCCCCCGGAGGCGCAGGCGAGCGGCGCCGAUGCGGCCAUAGGUGCCCCCGUACGUGUCAUAGACGCACCUUUGGCGGACGCUCUGUGGCGUGCUCUCUACACACCCGCAGCCGCCACCUCUGCGUUACCACCGACUUCGUCGACAUUAUUCAGCUCACCCCCCUCGUUCUUCUCUACUACACCUGACGCCGCCGCCGCCGAGGCAGUCAUGACCUCCGUCCUCCCCACGGCGGAGGAGCGCCUCAUGCUUGCCCGUGAGCGGGUGCUGCUACCGUUCCUGCUGCAUCAGCCGCGGUGGGUGCUGCCGGCGAGCGACUCGCUUGGUGCGCUUCCUUCGUCGUCAAGGGUGUCAGACACCGACAACGGCCCGCGUGCUGCCCGUGAGCACAACAGGCCACCCCCAGUGAACGUGUGCCCGUCCCUAUGGCGUCUUCAUGAGCUGGAGCAGCUGUGCGGCUGGCGGCGCCACCGCUUGGCAUUCAGCGACGUCUUCGGCAGCUUCUCGGGGCUGCUUAUCCACGACCUUUACAUCAUGAUCGGUCGACGGACACCGGCGAUGCUGCCGGGCUCCAUCUCUGCAACGACUCUAAGGGCGAGGCAGGCGGACAGGCCGCAGACCCUGCUGUCUCCACUUAUUCUGCUCAACGACGUGGCGUAUGUGGAGCGGGUGCUGCUGCCGGCGAUGCAGCUCUUUGCGGUCAACACGUGUACAUGGGCGGACGGCGGCCUCUGCGUGUAUCGAAGUCCGUACAGGGUGCUGCCCACCGAGCGGUGCUACGUGGUCGACGGCGACUUUGCCGUGAGCAAGAAGCCUAGCACUCCAUCAUUGUCAUGUGCCGCACCGCCGCAGUGGGGCUCGCAGGCGCCGUGCGAUGAUGAGCCGGCCGGCUCGCCAGCGGAAACCGCGGUGGAAGUCGCGCUGCACCACCGGCAGCUGUCGCUCUGGCUGCAGCAGCUGCAACGCGUCCCACACAAGUUCCUCAGACGGUGGCUGGCGGAGUGCCACGGCCGCAUGUCUUUGAACCCAGCACUGGACGCUCGCGUGAGGAUGAGGACCGGCGGGGUACCAGCAGCGUGUCUCGUGUUCUUCGUCGGCGCGUGCUCCAGUGCUGGGUCGACGCUGUCGUCACGCCCCUCACGGACCCCCUGCGGCGGCGGCGAUGACGAUAUCGGAGACAGCGGCGCAGUUGCCGCUUCUGCCGAGGCAAUAGAGAAAGGUCUUGAGCGCCUUCUCUCUCUCACCCCCGAUCGCAUUGCUGUAGUUCCGCUGGUCGAUUUCGUGGUGUGGGGCGCGCUGUGCUCCGACUUCUCCGCCGCCUCCGUGCAACACCUCACACACGGCGCGGAUAGAUGUCGUGCGGCGCUUGACGCCGCCGCAGAUGGCUUGGCGGCGGUGAAGUACUGCGUGCGCUACCCUCGGCACCUCUGCUGUAACGGCGGCCGAGGAACGACAGUGGCGCUUCUCCGCUGA